AGCUGAAGUGACGUAUGCGGUCAACGAAGUCGCAGCCGAUGUGACGUAUGCGGUCGAUGAACGAUGAGCAGCUGCACGAAGAGGCAGCCGACCUGUGAUUGGGACAAAUCGAUCGCGUUAUUGCUUUGUUUGCUGCCUUAUCGAACGGUGUGAACAGUUUUACUUGCAGAAAAGAUGUCUGAAGAGCAGACUGUUUCUCUGAUUGAUAUUCUGGAGGAAGAUGAAGAGUUGGAGGAAGAAGCUUCAGCAGUGUUGGCAGGAAGUGACUCUGAUCACUGCUCUUACCCUCAGGGCUAUGUGAAGCGUCAGGCUCUGUAUGCCUGCAACAGCUGCAGACCAAAGGGAGGAGAGGCCGCAGGAGUCUGUCUGGCCUGCUCAUACAAAUGUCACGAAGGUCACGACCUUUUUGAACUCUACACCAAGAGGAACUUCCGCUGUGACUGUGGAAACAAGAAGUUCACAGAGCUAAAGUGUAAACUUAAUCCUGUGAAGGAGGAGGUCAACGCUCUGAAUAAGUACAGUCAUAACUUCUCUGGACUUUACUGUACCUGCAGCCGUCCGUAUCCAGACCCAGACGACCAGGUGGAGGACGAGAUGAUUCAGUGUGUGGUGUGUGAGGACUGGUUGCAUGGCCGGCACCUGGGCCGAGUGGUUCCAGACUGUGUCGAGCUGCAGGAGAUGAUAUGUGAAUCCUGUAUGAACAAAAACCCUUUUCUCUGGACCUACGCUGCUCACCUGUCAGUUUCAGGUGCAGCAGUUCAGGUGAAGGAGGAAAGAGAUGCAGAAGAGUCAAACACAAACCUUUCUACCAAAGACGAAAAGGGUGCUGACGUCAUCGAGCCCAGCUGUAAGCGAAGCCGCGAGGAAGCGGCCCCAAGCUGCAGACUUAAGGAGCUUCGGGCGAUUGGUCAACAAAGAAGCCAAUCGGGAGCUGUGUUCUGGCCAUCAGGGUGGCGCUCUAAGCUCUGCUCGUGUAGCACCUGUAAGGAUGAUCUGUCUGGAGCCGACUUGUCCUUCCUGUUGGACGAGUCGGACACCGUCCUCGCCUACGAGAACAAAGGAAAGACCAAUGAACAGCGACAGCCGGGACAUGACCCUCUGAUGUCAGCUCUGGACAACCUAAACCACGUGCAGCAGCUGGAGAUCAUCCACGGGUACAAUGACAUGAAAACUGAACUGAAGGACUUCCUGCAGAGAUUUGCUGAAGAAGGAAAGGUUGUGACUCCUGAUGACAUCCGCCAGUUCUUUGAGCAGCAGAGUAGAAAGAGACGACGAGAUGAUGCCGGAUGCUUUUAACCUGCCUUUGACCUUGAUAUGACCUUUGGACCUUUUCUUGUUUUUAUUUUUCAGUUCAUUUUGAAGUAGACAGACUUCCUGUUUUUAACGUCUUACGUCUCAGUGGUCACCAACAUUAUUGAAUGUUCGUUUCCUUUUUAAUGAAAACUAAUAAAACUCAGCUGAACAAUGA